GGCCAGUGACUCUUACCGGUUUAGUAGCUGCACAGCUGUUUCGUGCGCGUGUUCGUCGAUCGCCGGGCUCGAGAAUUUUUCCGAAUGUAAUGGAACAUUUUAGCGUUGUUAACUGGCAUUACCUGUAUAUUUCUGUUGUUGUUUUACGUUUCAUGUGUGAUAUAUCGGUGUAAUUUAAGGUGGAUAAGGAGACUCGAAGGGUCUUGAACGACGUGCGUCAAUAAUUAUGCUUAGUGUGCUUCUCGUUGCCGGAUGAUGCGCACGUUUGGGAAAGUAUCGCACGUUUAUACUGAUAUGGUGGGACAGGCGACUGAAAAAAUAUGAAAGUUUCACCGGACAACACGGAGGGCACCGACGACGUGAACAACGUCACUGUGGGCGCGAACGCGAUCGGUGAUCGCGGAACUGCGGUCCAGGUAUGCGACGAUGUGAUUGUAUUGUCUUCGGAGUCCGAAGCCGAAGAGGAGGAGGUGCGGGUCCGAGGGGAGGAGGAGCCGGAGGAGGUGGACGAGGAGGAGGAGGAGAAGAAGGAAGUGAUUUGCAGCAAGCCACGUAAGUCUAAAAAAAAACAUAAGAAACACCACCACCACGAGCACGGGGUUGGGAAAAAAUACAAGAAACGGCCGAAACAGGGGAGUGGUCCAAUAUUUCUGUGGGCAAAAAAGAAAGAGACCCAAAUACUGAAAAUAUACUGCGAGGAUUACGAUCCGGGUAUCAAAUUGACCAAGACCAACGGUGUGUGGAGUUCUUGUCCCAGGUCUAAGGUAUUGGCGGCCGUUCAAUCGCGUUCGUCCGUCUGCGUAGACGUUGGUGAGUCACAGAGCGAGCGCGACGAGUCGGUCGAGCAGAAAACACCACCGGAUGACCGAAUCAAAGAAAGUCCAAAAACCGGCGAGCCGAUACUCGUCGACCUGAACGAUAACUCAAUCGACUUUGUUGACACCAUAUCUAGCGACGAGGACGACGAUGAAGAACAGACCAGGGCGAGGAUCGACCGUGCUCUCGAGAUGAUCGACCGGGACCCGGCGUUGAUGUGCGACGUGAAGAUUCCGUUGCCGUCCAUAGAGGCGACUGCGGCUAUCAAGUUACCUGAAGGCACUACAAUCCACCAGAUUAAAGUCGAGAACGUCGCGACAAACGGAUCCGUUUCUGUGACGACGCCGCCGCCAUCAUCGCCCAAGACGCCACCGGUGCAGUGUAAGUCGGGCGAGUUGACCAUAACGACGCAGCAGCAACAGCAAAACGAACCGUUGAACCUGGAAACCGUAAGUAAGCGAUCUGCCUUAGAAAUACGAUUACAGGAGCCCCCGCUUAAGAAAAAACGAGUUGAAAAACUGCCUGCGCAACCGCCGAUGGCCGGCGGGCAGGUGAAACGCGAAUGGGAUCCGCUGUCCGAGCUGAAAGAAGUGCUCUCAGACCCCGGGCUGUGCGUGCCCGACCCUUUGCUUGUUCCCAGGGCCAGGCUAGCCGCCCUGGUGGCCAGCCCAGCUACGGAAAUCCCGAAACUCUUACGAGCACCGUCAUUGUUGCCACCACCACUCCCGGAUCCUGACCUGUUGGCCGUAUCGCUGUCACAUCUCCGGUCCAUAUUGCAGCAGCAACCGGGCUUUGCGGACGACCGCAAGCAGGACAGCAGUCAACAGUCGAACAUCGAUCAGAUGCUGUGGUUGUCGUAUCUGUCGAAAGACAUGACCGGCGUCGACACCGAUCUGAUAUCCGCGAUGUUGAGCAUCCUACUACCCAACUCGACAUCCGCUCAACAAUCGUUCAGCUACCCCCAAGAUAAAAACCAAUGGAGCGACAUGUAUUACGACGGUAACAUCGAACCGCCAUAUAGUUCCACGCCCGGCUACAGUAAGUCGGACGAUUUUUGUGCGUCCGUGUCGCCACUUCCACCGCCGCCACCGCCGCCGCCACUGCCACAGAUAUUACCACAGCCACAGCAGUCGCACCCACUGUUAUUACCACCGCCGCAGUCACAAAUUUUACCACCACCAAUAGUUGCACAACCUCCAAUAUUAUCACCGCAACAGCCGCAAAAACACCAACAAUCACAACUGUUGCCACCACCGCCACCACCACCGCCACCGCCGCCGCCGCCGCCGCCGCCGCCGCCGCCACAUGCGCAGCAGCAAGUACCUCGACUUCUGUCCAAACGUUCGAUGCAGCACAACGUGACUCCACAGCUGCGGGGACCGUCACAUCCACCGCAAAUUCCACAACUGUUGCCGUCACAUCCACAGCAAAUUCCACAACUGUUGGCGACGACGCGCCCACAACAAUUGAUAUCACAGCUACAGCCACCGGUCUUACACCGUCAGUCGAAACGACGGGCUUGUCAAGAGCUGUGCUGCAACGGGUCACCGUCAUCGUGUUACGGGGGUAGUUGUUGCCCGAAAUCGAGCAGUUAUAAUCCGUUUACCGCCUCAUCCCCUAACGGCUGCAAUCCGUUUACAGUGUCUCCCGGUGACUGCAAUCCAUUCACCGCGACUCCUGCCGGCAGUUGCAGUGUUGGCACUUCAAAGUCAUGUCCCACGUACGGUGCUCCAGGUGUUAUACCAACUUGUUGCUUUCCAUCGGAAAUCGGUUGCGGGUACAGCGGCCAAUCUCCAUCGCCAAUGCCGCCGCGAAAUACAUCCGUAUCGCCUCGCAACCGCGCUCAAUACAACUAUCAAUCCGGUCCGGGGCAACAGCUACAGCAGCAGAUGCCGAUGACCGAAGGCGGCAGUGUCAUCAACGGGUGUUGCAUUGGCGUCACUGGCUGCACCGGUGGCGUCGCUGGCUGCACCGGUGGCGUCGCUGGCUGCACCGGUGGCGUCGCUGGCUGUAGCGGUGGCGUCGUCGGCUGCAGUAGUGGCGUCGUCGGCUGUAGCGGUGGCGUCGCCGGCAGUAGCAAUGGCGUCAACAGCAGUAGAAGUGACACCAACAGCAGUAGUAGUGACGUCAACAACAGUAGCAGUGGCGUUAACAACACUGUUAGUGGUGGCAACAACAGCAACACCGGCAAAGACUAUCAAUGUUCGACUGCUACCAAUAAACCAAAAACGCCGCUGCCCGUGACUACUACCAGCGGUGACACCGGUCAACCGACGUACAGGCCCAAAAUCAAAGUCAAAGAGCAUUUGAUCGACCCGAAUGCGAAACCAAGACUUUUGAACAUCGAAGGCGCCCUUCAUCUGGCUGCAGGGCAUGACCUGUUCAGUUCUUCUCUUUGGCACCCAUUGUUCGGAAGCCAAGCAAAGCCGUACGGCUGUCGGUGGCAAUGGACAACUCCAGUCACCACUUCUGCGUCGACUUCUUCGGACGACACGCCCGCCGACACCAAACGUUGAACAGGCAAAACCACUGACUGGAGCGACGUGGACGACAAUGUAAUAUAUAUAUGUGUUUAUUUAUAAGAAGCGCACCUACAGUAUUUCUUUAUUUUUUUAUUAUUAUUAUUACCGUUUUACGUGUUUUAGGACCUUCCUCGCAUACCCAUCAUUUAGAGGACUCAAAUAUUUUGAAUACCCAUAUGUUACCCCCCCCCCCCUUCUCAUCCUAUAAAUGUUGGAUUUAACAUUUUUUUUCUUUUUAGUCAAAUUUAAUGCC